UCUGAACCACACCUGGACUCACUUAGAUCUAUGCAGCACAUCACUGAGACGCACCAAGAGGUACAGCCAUGAGGGGAUCCCAGCCAGCAGUGGCCAUGGUGGUACUGGGGAUGCUCUUUACCUCCACCUUAAGUACACCAAUAUCUGAAACCAAUACUGAGGGGAAAGAAAAUCAGUCUGAAGUAACCUGGCCUAAAACAGGUUUGGAGAUAUGCCAAAUGCUAGUGGAAGAUAGCACACGGUUGUCCUGCAAGGAUUGCUUCAGCAGUGUUUACACCUUUGAGAAGGUAAAGGAAUGUGUGAAGGACUGGCUCCCUGAUCCAAUUGCUCUAUGUUCUGGCACAGCAAAAAAUGAACAAGAAUUUAACCGCUGUGUCCUUACGAAUUCUAAGAAUAUCACAAAACUUAAUAAGAGAGCAAACACAUUCUAUAAAAAAAGUAUCAAAUUUCUAGAAAAGAUGGCUGAUUUCCAACUUCUGAUGAAUGGUCCCCAAGCACUCUUCUCUAGCUUUAGUCAGGAUAUCCUCUUUAGUGUUCCUGAGAUCGAGGAAGCACUAAGCACCAGUGAAGACUGUUCAGAAAGAUACAGCAGGAAUGUUCAGCAAACCCUUCCACAGUCACGAGUGACAGAAUAUGAGUAUGGGAAAGUGGGCCAUGACAUGCCCUUCAAGGGGGUGGGACCCCUUGCCUUGUCAGUUCUGAAGGGCAUGUGUAACACCCGCUAUCUGGAGGGCCAACAUAAGCUACAACUUCUGGUAGACACAGCUGUGAACUUAGAGUUGCCUGUACCAGCUUGGGUAUUCCAGGAGAUGGUGAACAACAUUGACUCAAUUGAAAUUUAAGUAAGGGCAGGCGUAACAUACAACUUUGGAUGAACAUAGUGAUGUAGCUCAUUGAUACUAUGCAGGUAAACUAAUAUCAUGGUAUUUAUUGCACUAUCCAUGUAUUCACAUCAUCAUGCAUUAUUACACGUUUUGCUCAGGUGUAACGUGUUACCAAUGAAUCAAUAGCAAGGUGUGAAAGAAAUCUUAAUGAGUGUAUUUUAUUCGAGAUGGAUAGCAAACUCAGAAAAGAAAUAAAGUGGUAUAUGUU